AUGCAAAUCUUUGAAGAGACGCUGCGCUGCCAGAACCCGACCGAGAGCCGCUGCUGUGCACUUGUAAUUGUGUAUUUCACAACUUGCGCUGGUUUGCUGCCGCCACUGCACUGCACUCUUGUCGCCCUCAUUUUCGCUGUGGCAACGCGCGCGCUUUGUUUAACAACAACCCGGCCUUCUACGAUUGGUACCAGCGGCGGACACUACACAGCACACACACACACACGCACACAUGCCCCCUUCAAUCAGCUGGUGCGCCUGGGGUACGGUAGUGUUCGUAUCAGCAAAACACUUUUGACAGCUGACUACACACAGAGAGCGCGAGAGCUGGCUGGCUGGCUGCUAUUUGUUUGUUGUUUUAUGUGGUUUCAGUUUUGCGCAACAACCGUGCCAAGGGUUUUUUUUUUGCACACGAUGAGCGAACAACGGCGACGCGUUUUGGAUCUUUACAAGCGGCUGCAGUACAUGGGCCGCGAGUAUCCGGGUGGGCCGGAAAAGUUCCGCCAGCGGUGCUACAACGCGUUCAAGCGGCAGAGCACCGAAACCGAUCCGGAAAAGAUCGAGAAAGCGAUCGGGCUGGGCGAGUACGUCGUGAAGGAGAUAGAAGCACUGUACAGUCUGCGGAAGUAUCGAGCGAUGAAGCGACGAUAUUACGACGAAAAGUGAGGGCAGACGCUGCGCCAUACGCUUGGAGAUCGUGCCGCCGUCGCCGCUGAUGUUGCUGCUGUUGAUAACAAAUUGAGAGAUUAUUGGUAUGACCUUAGGAAGGCGGGGUCCGAGGUUUGGGCGGCAACAGUUUUGCGAAGGUGGAAGCUUGACCGUAGUCCUUACAACAGGAAGCGAUGUAAAUAGUCGUUAGUGGGGUACAAUACCUUCAACAAACGGGUUUAUGACAAAAGUUUAUGGUUCCCUUUUUCUACCGCAGUAACUAAUUCAGUUUUUGUUGUAAAUUUAGCAGCAAACUACAAAUAAAAACAGUAAAAUGUAA